GCAUGAUUGAAAUGUGAAAAUUUGAACAUUACUUUCCAUAAAAAACAUCUGUCAUUUUAAAAUGUUUGGUUCUAAUAUUAUGUUGGUAAUGGCAAUUCAAGUUGAAGUUGAAUUUCCCUAUUAUUAUGUUGGCAAUGUUCUUUCCCUAAUAAAUAAUGGCUUCUUGUUAAGGCGGUGGGUGGUCGAGAAUUUUAUAAUUUGCAAGUUUAGUGAUAUUUUUGUGUUUAAAUCAUCGAGAUGAAAUAAUAUUAUUGCUACAACAGGAAUAUAAUUAUGUUUUUUCCAUAUUUACGUUAGUGCUUUGUGCCGUUACAAGAGAUAAAGUUGCUACUUGUCAUAAAGAAUAAUGAUCAACUCGACGAAUAUUAUUCAAAAUGAGCUAAUAAUACUCAACUUGUAAGAAUUAAUGAUCCACCGCUAAAAAGACGAUGUGUUUGGGUGUUAACUAAUUGGAGUUGUGAAUUAAUAAUCUUUCAUCACUACUUUCUGUCAAGAUGGCUAGGAAAGGAGAUACAAUUAGGAGCAUCAAUGUAUCAAUAGUUGGUUUGUCUGGUGUAGAAAAGGAUAAAGGUCAUGCUGGCGUGGGAAAAUCCUGCCUGUGCAAUCGCUUCAUGCGGCCUCAUGCUGAAGACUACAAUGUAGACCACAUAUCUGUUUUGAGUCAAACUGAUUUUAGUGGAAGAGUUGUUAACAAUGAUCAUUUUCUAUAUUGGGGAGAAGUGAUCAAAUCUUCCGAAGAAGGCAUCGAUUAUCAAUUUAGUUUAAUUGAACAAACUGAAUUCAUCGAUGAUGCUUCUUUUCAACCAUUCAAAGGAGGUAAGAUGGAGCCAUACGUCAAGCGCUGCGGAUCAACAAAAAUUACAUCUGCUGAAAAGUUAAUGUAUAUUUGUAAGAAUCAAUUAGGUAUAGAAAAAGAAUAUGAACAAAGAGUUUUGCCUGACGGUAAAUUAAAUGUUGAGGGUUUUAUAUGUGUUUUUGAUGUAAGCGUUGUGCCAAGUAGGACUAUUGAGAAACAGGUUGAAUUUGUAGCCGCUAUUCUCAAUAAUUUAUUAAAAACAAAAAAGCCAAUUGUAUUUGUUACAACAAAAAAUGAUGAUGCCAAUGAUAUGUACAUUAGGGAAGCGCAUAAGUUAAUCUCUAGAAACGAAUAUAAAAAUAGUAUACCGAUAGUCGAAACUUCGGCUCAUGAUAGCGUUAACAUUGACGUUUGUUUUAUGUUAUUAGCCCAAAUGAUCGAUAAAACUAAGGUAAGAUCUAAAAUACCGUCAUUCACUGAGGCAUCGUCAGCUAGAAAGGAAUUAAUGGAUGCUGCGAGUGAAUCUUUUAUGAGGCUUAUUAGAGUUCAUGUUACCGAUUGCCACGCUAUGUGGUCGCAAACUGUUAAAAAAUUAAAUUCACACAAAGAAUGGAUUCAUUUUGUGCAAUUAUUUGGAUUAGAUGGCACUCAGAGGUUGUUCAGAAGACAUAUUAAGAAGUUGAAAGACGAACAAUUAGCUAAACAAAUUGCUCACUAUAUGGAAUUGUUACCAGAUGUGUUGCACGAAUUAAUUCCUGGGUUUAACACAUUAGCGGACAUGGAUUGGCCAUCGAUUCAGCAAUAUUUAAAAUCCCACCCAAACUUUUCACAGUAUUUCUUUGAGAGACCCGAAGAUUUGCCAUGGUCUGAAUGCUUAGAUGAUAAUGAAGAAACUCGAAUACCUUUUGAUGUAUUGGACACAAGUGAAGCUGAAACAGUUUUCAAAAAUUACGUAAAUGUUCUGCAACAGGAACAAAAACGUUUGGAGUGGAAGAAACAGUUUAAGCAAUUAUUAGAAGAUACAGGGUAUGUUACACCUGGUAAACAUCUAUCUGAAGUUCGGGUUUUAUUUAUGGGUCGAGAAUGUUUUGAAGCUCUUUCUGAACACGAUUGUCAGAAAAUAUAUGAUGCACAUCAAAGAGAGAUUAUUGAAAAUGCCAAACAUAAUUUCCAAGAACUUUUACUUGAACAUGCUGACCUAUUCUAUCACUUCAAAAGUAUAGCUCCCACUGGUACCAUUACUCAAGACGACAUUAAAGAGAUAACGGAUGUGUUACAAGAGGAUUUUAGGUAUAAAAUUUUGGAUAGACUUGAUCAAGAUAGAAAGCUUACCCUUUUCCAGCACUUGGGUUUUAUACAUUAUCCAAUUAGAGAACAUUGUCCUGCUUUUCCAAAUUGUCAAGAUGCAUUGAUUGAGCGAAUCUUAGCUACUAAAGCCCAUCGACCUACCUCUUGGAAUAAUAGCAAUCAGUGGCUUAUUAGUUCAGAAAAUAACCAACUCAAUCUACUUAUAUUAGGAUUAAAUAAUUUGGCAGAAAAUUUGGCUGUUAAAAUUAGAAAACAAUGCGAUGAUGAUGAGUAUGAAAUAGAGUGUCAGUUUUAUAACUUAGAUUAUAGGGUCAUAAAUGGAGAUGUUAGUUUGCCCCACAAUUCUUUCAGAACUUCUGAUUUUAUACCGCAUGGUAGCUUUUGUGUGUACAAUAAUGCUCAGUCAUUUGAAUACAUUCGGGAGAGUUUAGAAAAGAAGUUACUAUCUAAUCUUGAGCAGGACGAUAAACUUCCAUUUCAGGGUUUGCCAAUUGUUCUUAUGUUUUUACAUGAUUCUUCAGUGGAAGAAAAAGAAAUAUUAAGAUUGCGAGAAGAUGGCCAAAAUCUAGCUGAUAAUUUGCAGUGCCCUUUUAUGGACAUAUCUUUAGAACAAACCAUGGAAGAGCAGCUAGUUCAUGAUGCUCUCCAUCAGUUAAUGCAAAGUAUUCAUCAUCGAGCAGGUUUCUUGAAUAUCAACCAAUCCGUUAUAGAAUGCGUUGAACCUGAUAUAAGAAUUAUCAUGUGCAUGUUUUGCGGAGAUCCAUAUUCCAUUGAAAACAUUUUGGGUCCCCUUUUAUCACAUCAAGUUUGUUUUCUAUCAUCUUCUCACAGUAUUAUUUUGGAAACGUUUUUAGGGGAUUCCAAAAGAAAGGUCGAGGUUAUAAUAUCUUCUUUUCAUGGUGCAAAUGCAUUUAGAGAUGAACUUGUUCACGGUUUCAUUUUAGUAUUUUCAACAAAAAGAAAAGCAUCUUUGGCCACGUUAAAUGCCUUUUCUAUGAACAUUCCAAACCUUCCGAUACAGAUAUUGGCUGUAACUGAUGAUGGUGGAGCCACAGCGUUCUUUAAUGACGAUCUAAGCCAGCUAUUAAUUACUGAAGGAAAUGCAACGGCAGAUAGGCUUCAUGCUCACUUUAUGACGUCAUCGUCUUCAAUGCAACACAAGACGGCUUUUUUCACUCCAUUCUUUAAGGAAGUUUGGGAAAAGAAACCCGAAAUUGAACAGGCUUUUAAUAUGGAAGAACCUUCUGGAUUGGACAGUGGGGAAGGCACUUUGGAAAGAUCGAAAAGUCAAAGACAUGGCCAUCCGUUGCCACCACCUCGACAUGAGAGUUACUAUCUAAAGUUGAAUGACGGCAGCGAAAGUGAAAACUUUGAAUUAAGUGGACCUGAUGAAAGACUUAGUUCUAGCGAUCACAGCGAUAAAUUUUCCAGUAUUUACAUGUACGGCAGCGAAGGAAGCGAGAAAAAGAGAAGCAUGCAUUCCGGUUUCCAUGUAUAUCCUCCGCCAGCUACUCCUCCUGAACCUGCGCCCCCAGAUAACAUUCUAAACUUAAGACAUUCCAAAAAGCAAAUUAUGUCAACAUCUCAAACUAGUUUGGACGAUGUUAACUAUGGAGAUCAUCCAAUGUCUAUUCCUGGUAGCGCCUGGAAUAAUUAUCAUCAACAUGCGUUUACUACAGGUCGUAGACAUAUUCCUAUUUCCAAAUCUCGUUCGAAAGGAAUCUCUCAGACUUUAAAACAGCCGGGAAAACUGAAUAUGAAAAAUUAUUCGGCUGUUACUGAAGCAAUUGCUAGAAUGAACGUAAGUGAUAUGUCUCCUUCUAAUUUUGGUAACGCUCCUCUAGCUACUCCAGAAGCAGUCGAUUUAGGUUGUGAAUACGCUCAAGUUAAAGAUGUUCUUCACAGUAUGUAUCCUGGUCAGAGUCCAGAAUAUAUGUAUACCAUGGUACAGGAUGCUAUUAGCGGCAAGACCAAAUUAAGGCAAAGGCGAGAAAAAGGACAACCAUCUUAUUCAGAUACUGACAGCGAAUGGAGCAGUUUGGAAAGAAGACAACGAGCUAGUGAAGUAUAUUCUAAAGUAAGCAGAAAAGGUGGCACCCAUAAAAGGCAGCGCAAGAAACGUACUGCCAUUCCAGUGCAGCCUCCAAGAGUUCCGCAGUUAGGAUCUUUUACUCUUCCGCCAGUACACACUCCGGUAUCCGAUGCUGAUAAUGACAAAAUUAAUGUAGGAUCUGAAUCAAAUUCCGAAUCGUCAGAUGUAAGCGAAGCUGAACAGUUUCCUCCUCCAAGUAGUUCUGAUUUGAGAAUGAGAUUUUGUCAAAAACGAUCAUUGAGUUUAAAGAAAAGAAUGCCAGAUUCAGUGAAUUCUCAUCAUUUCAAUAUACAGUUGAAUUCUAUGGACUUGUAUCAAAGUCAAGGUAUGAUGCACGAUGAUGAAUCUAGUUUAGACGUUUCUUCUCCGAGGGACAAUAGCUCUCCCAUGUUUGGUGUUUUACCUAAAAUGAAAGAAUGCGACAUAGAAAAAAUGCUUCGUAAACGCGAGAAGCAAAAAGCAAAGGAUGAUUCAAAACAGGAAAAACGUAGACUGAAAGAGGAGAAAUUAAAAAGAGUUGCCGAAGAAAGAGAUAAAAAGAAACAGAAAUCAAAGCAAAAGUCAAUACCUUCUAGUGGAGCUCCAUCCAAAUUGGCAGACUUUAUUCAAUCGGAUAAAAACUUUGUGCCAUGCUUUAUUGAAAUGUGUGUUAAAUUCAUUGAGAGCGAAGGUUUGGAUUCCGAGGGAAUCUAUAGAGUACCAGGUAAUAGAGCACAUGUGGAUCUACUAUUUUCCAAAUUUGAAGAAGACUCCAAUGUUGACGUUCGUGAUCUUGAUAUCCCUGUUAAUGCUGUGGCUACAGCACUGAAAGAUUUUGUAUCUAAAAGGUUACCAUCAUUAUUUGAACCUGAUGUAAUGACUGAAAUGGAAGAAAUCGCUGGUACUAGAUUGAAACCUAUGGUAACAACUUCCGGUAAUUUGGAGGUAAAGAAUGAUCGUAGCUGCAGACUUUUAGCUUUAAGAAGUAUGUUGGAUAAAUUGCCUCCGAUAAAUUUCCAAAUUUUGAAAUUCAUUUUUCAACAUUUUGUUAAAGUGACAGAAAACUCUAAACUGAAUAGCAUGGAUAGUAAAAAUCUGGCAAUAUGUUGGUGGCCUACUUUAUUGCCGAUAGAGUUUAGCGACAUGGGAAAAUUUGAACAAAUGCGGCCAUAUCUGGAAGACAUUGUUCAAACCAUGAUUGAUCAAUAUCCUUUUUUGUUUUGUGGAAAAGAGGCUUUUGUUAUGGUUUAAAAGCUUAUGAGUAUAAAAACCACGCACAAUUUGCUAUCGGUAGCCUCUGUAUCGGUGUUUCGUCAUCCAUUGAUUGUUGUUGAAUAGAAGAGAGGCCUUUUAUGUUAAAUUAAGAAAAUGGAUAGCAAAGAGUAAGAAUGUUCACUUAUUGUUAUUAAUUGUGUGAUGACCCAGUGGUAAUUUGUAUUUUUACAUUAUCCUUGAUGGAGUAUUUCAAAUUGCUGUAUGAUACUUUUAUAAAUGAAAUGUAUGAACAAUGUUCAGUAUACUUUGACUGGGUUAUUGUCUUAGGAUAGUAAAUGUUGUAUCUUUUUCAAAUAUCAACGAGAAUGUAGCUCCGCUACUUGUCCAUUGUUGGAAUUUUAUUUUGAAUAAAACCAGCUAUUUAAAUUUAUAAAACUGUUUGGUAUUGGAGCUAGAUAAAUGUAUACAAUUAAACUUUCCUUAGUUUAAUAAAUGAAAUUAAUUAAAACAUAACGUGCGCAUGUGCAAAAACCACCAACUACAAUUUUUUUUUAAUUAGCUACAUUGGUAUCACAUGUGUUAGAAUACAAUUUUGGCAAUCUUUUUAAGUGAACGUACUCUUACCGAUGAUCUGAAGUAGAUAGAUGUAAGACACACAUAGGGUUGCCACCUAUCCUUUUUUUGAAAAAGACUCCUUUUUUCACACAAUUGUCUUUUGUAUCUUUUUAAAGCUUAAAAUGUAUUUUUUACGUCACAUGUCUUUCAAAAGAACACCCGGUUUAUAAAAAUAUAAGCCGAGGACUUUUUUUUUGAAGCUCUGCAAAAGGACCAGGGGUUUUUAAGAAAAUAUAAGCUGAUGGCCUUUUUUUUUGUUUAGAAGCUCGCCAAAAAUACUUGGUGUUUUAACCAGAUUCUCUAUCGUCACCGUUGUUGUCUCGCUUUCCCCUUUCAUAAAUCUGGCAACCCUAACUAUCUAAACUAAGUUUUUUCGAAAUGCCCUUUAUUCACUUUUCAAAAAGGUGGCAAUCCUAGCCACACAUACCAAAAUAGCAUCUGAAGACACUGGAAAGGGAUCAGAAAUUGUGUGUUACUUUUUAUUUGAUACAAAUUCAACAAAUGGUUUACGAGAUAAUUUAUAUAAAACUUGUUUUAUGGGUUGUCUAUUCUGUAUCAUACAGUUGGUCAUUAUUAAAAAGUUAAAAUUUGUUGCUUCUAGUGCCUAAUCUCAGAAAUCGGUCACUGACACCAGGAUUCUGCACAGUAGUUUAUUGAGUGCGCCAAAUUAUUUAGUGGGCAAAAUUCUCGCGCAUGUGUCUGGUUUCUGAUUGUUGUUGAAACAGACCUCUAGUUUCCAUUAACAAAAAAGCAGCAUGGGCAAAAUUUUAGUACCAUCGGGGAAAAUUGCUAGGUGACCCUCAAAUGCCUUUAAGUUGGAACAUAUUAUACAAUAGAAAGCGGUAUGCUCUUACCUCUACCAUUUUCUUGCUUAUACUUAGAGAAAUUUUUGUGGACACAUCCAUUCAAUACUAUUUCUUUAAAAUACUUUUGAAAAGUUGUUAACUUUUUGGACUAGUCCAUCGGAUAUAUAUGACAGUAUAUUUGGUUAAUCCUUUCUAUCAUGUUUGGCAAUAGCCCCCUCCCCCAUCCCGGAAGGUUAAGUUUUUAAGGUUUAUUUUACCCAACCAAAAAAGUAAUGUUUUGUUCAUAAAAUUCACCCAACCUACUCAUUACAUAAGUUAGUAAUGGGCAAAUUUUGAAAAAAUCUGGGAGCCGUUUUAAAAAAAAUAUAUUUUGUUCAAAAUUAUUCUAUGUAAUCUCUAUGCCAUUGUUAUACUACUUUUGAAUGGCAUAUAAAGAGUGUUCAAUUUAAAAUAAAAAAUGAGAAAGUGAUGUGUUGACGACCAUUGUUUCUUUUGCAAUAUACAGGUCAUUUAAAUCAAUACGAUUUUUAUAUAAAAAUGUGUAAUCCCAUACGAUUUGAUAUUAUAAUGGGAAAUACAAGGGUAUUUCAAAUAUAAAAUAAAAUACUGGAUAAUCCAUUUAAAAAAAAAACAUAAGUUUGUUCAGGAUGCAGGAUCAUAUUUUUCUUUGGUAACUACGUUAGAGUUAAAAGGGUAAAUGCCACCUUUUCUAAAACCGUUGCAAAUUAUCUCAGGUUCUGUUUCUUUCCAAAUUUGUCCUAUUAAUGAACUAAACUUCUUUUUUGAGAACUUUUUUCCCUCAUUAUGUAUCUGCCAUUGGACAGCGCACCGAUUGGCUGUACGCGUUAGUAUAAAAUUGAUGCUUUAGGAAUUUUGGGCACAGUCGAUUGUGUAUCGUGUUUGUUAUACGAAGUAAAAAUAAUAAUAAUAUUGUUUGGACGUGGUAAAGGUGGAAAAGUAAAGGGAAAGACAAAGUCCCGUUCAAAUCGUGCAGGAUUACAAUUUCCAACUGGUCGUAUUCAUCGUUUAUUAAGAAAGGGAAAUUAUGCAGAAAGAGUAGGAGCAGGUGCACCUGUAUAUUUAGCAGCCGUAAUGGAAUAUUUGGCUGCUGAAGUUCCAGAAUUGGCUAGUAAUGCCGCUAGAGAUAAUAAGAAGACUCGUAUUAUCCCCAGGCAUUUGCAACUGUCCAUAAGGAACGACGAAGAAUUGAACAAAUUGCUUUCGGGAGUUACAAUUUCUCAAGGUGGUGUUUUACCAAACAUUCAAGCUGUACUUCUGCCAAAGAAGACUGAAAAUAAAGCCUAAUUGCUUUUAGUUUCUUUUAAUAAAAACCCACUUUACUUUUAACGACUUAAAAACGAUUAAAUCUGUAAAAUGUGAGAUGAAUGGGACGAAAGCUUAAGAAUUGUUACACUCUAUUAUCGCGGGCAACUUUUAUUAGUCUGUCAUCGACGUGAGACACGUGACUGUCAUAUAUAAGUAAGACAGGCCGAUCAGGUCCAAAUACUUCUAAUAAAAUUUUCUCGAAGUAAUUUAAGAACAGUUGGGAUUCCAUCCAUCCAUUGGCAGUCGCGGCAUAUGAGUUUCUGGGUAUUCGUCUGUAGAAGGAGCAAUCCAGUAAUCCCACAUAUUUGUUUGCCUUAAACACGGUCAGUGGGGAGCUUUAAAUCUAUCAGCGCUAACAGCCAUCAGCACAGUGUCAUUUUCCUUUCCAGAUCCAGCAGGUUAUCCUCGUUUUCCCACCACUUUAGUCUGAUGAAUCCAGAGAAAAGCUGGUUUCUAGAUUCCAAAUUUGACGAGGUUUAACGUGUAAGCUAAAUUCGUCUGUUUCUUCAAUAGGUCAAAAUAGUUAUUUGUAAUAAAAGGAUCCAAACACUUUUUUUCUUGCGUAUUCCACCGAUUGAGGUUUUUUUAUUGACAAAUUAUCUCUUGGAAAACCCCAAAAACCAAUCUUCUCCCGGUCGCCCAUUCUUAAAUGGUGUUUUAAGGUUAUUUCUAGUGACAUAUUGCUCAACAGUGUUAAAAAUGUCACGUCGUGUUAACCCCCACCCCCAUUUUCCAUUGUGAUUAAACAUUCGGCGAAUUUAGCUUCUUUAUUAAUGGGAAUUGCCGUGGAUCUUCCCAUAGAUGAACUUUUCUUGCCUCUAAUUCCUCGUCUAAGUGUCAUCUGGGGGAUACCGUAUUUCUUAUAAGCACCGUAUUGGGUAAUUGUUCCCCUAUGUAUUUCUACCAAUGAUCUUUGAAGGGUGACCUCAUUGUAGGUUGAACGUUUGUUAGAUUUUUUUUUGUAACAACAUACCAUGGUUUCAAAAAAUAUAACAAAAACACGUUACUUAUUUUUUUUUAUUGUCAUGGGGUAAGAAUUUUUAGGUUAUAUCUAAUAAAUACAAAAAUAUUUGCAAAACUACGAAAAGACUUACUUUUUCAACUUGUUAUACCGAUUUAAUUGUUGAAAUCACUUUGCUUUUUGAGGACAACGGCAGAUUAAAAAUUAUUAACCAAAUUGUGUUCAGUGUCCACACUGUCAUAUGUUUUCUUUGGAUACCACUGCGUACCGAGGAAUUAUUUGAGCUUAAACAUUCUACAUUAUAAAAUAACAUGUAGUAUACCCUUUGCUCAUAGAUUGGAGCCACAAUAAACCACGGAAUAGAAGUUAUGAUGCCUCUACCACUUGCCCCAGAUACACAUCGCACCUUACCUUAAACUGGAACAGUAGCUAUGUGUAUAUAUUUGGCAACAAUGUAUAUUGUUCUAUUUCUGUAAUAUUUAUAUAAAGGGUUGCCCUCUUUUGUUUCACGUUUCAACUCUAAUUAGCAAUAUUUUUUUUAGAGUAAUAUAAACCUUAAAAACUUGAUUUACACCAUACAUACAAAUUGUAUUAUUUUAAUAACAACUGUCAAUACCAGAUUAACGACUUUUGUCAAAAUUGUUUGUUAUACAGUUGUUAGAUAUAAAAUUGCUGAAUACCAACUGUAGUUACAGAAUAGAGGUCAUUAACAUGUUUUAGUUAUCUCGUUUCUGGCUUAUUUUUUUUUUAGAAUGAAUUCGUAAAAGUUAUUUUUUCUUACCAUGACAAAAGUAUUUUCACCAAAAUACCUGUUAGCCCUGUCGAUUGCUUCCAAAUUUGCGACACAUCUUGAGAAAAUAACAUAAACAUCGCAUGUGUUAGUAAAGUGUUAUAAUGAGACUCAAAUUUAGAUAUUUAUACAUGUGAAACAUGUUUCUAGUUAUAAUUAUCAUUUAAAUGGUGUGGUUUCCGAGUAUUGAACAAAAGAAACAUGAAACUGGAAAAUUAUAACUGUACACACUAUAUUUAGCUCCUUUGCUAUUUGUCUAAAAUGUUACUGUGUGAUAGCUAUUUCUUUCUUGUUAUGCCCCUAAUUUUUUUAUAUAUUUAUAAAACGAAUGACAAUAAUGUAAUUAUUUUGAAUGACUUGUUAAAAAUGACCUUUUGGCACAUUCCAGAACUGGUCAGAACUGAACUGGUUAUUUGUAUAAUGUAAGAUAAAUUGAAGACUGUAUUAAUUUUAUUUUUAACGAAAAUUCGUCGUCAAAUGCGUAUAGUUUUGGGGCCUUAAUUUUUAUAAAGCAAAAAAGCAAAAUGUCAAUUAUAUUUGCAUUGUAUACUUAAUUAUACAGUAGAAAAUAGUUAACUGAUUUCUUGUCCAGUUUUGUGGUAAAGCGAAGGCCCCUGUUUUAUUUAGAAGUGUUACAGCUCUUUUUUAAUAUAAAAAGGAAAGCUAAAUAUAACUUAUAGGGAGUUGGGUUAGUUAAAACUAGUAAAUUUGUGAUACAACGGAGGGUUGAAGGCGUCCUUUUCUAUGUCAAAGAUGCAGUCAACAAUAUUCACAUUUUAUCGACAGCUACUAAGGCAGCCAUUUUUUAUCCAGUUAAUUAAUUCUUCAGAUUGAUUCAAAUUCUUAAGAUCUUUGUUAUAUAAAUAAAAAAUAAUUUAAUUUUUGGGGAAAUGGAAAACAGUAUUAGAAAUUGUAAAAUUAUCGACCUUAGGGUUUUUGGCUGUAUUGUAAGCUAUCACACAGUAGCAUUGAUUUGUAAAAUAAAACUCGUCAAUAUUAAUUUGAGGUGUGGUCCUCGAAAAAUUCUAUAAUUAAAUUUAAUGCAAGACUGAGUCAUUAUUGAAUGACUUGGAGUGCCAAUAAGUAUUUCUAGUCUGCACAAUUAUGACAGUUAUCGGUUUAUCAGUAGUUUUUUUUUGUAUGGGAUGAGCAAUCUUAAAAAUGUGUCGAAUUAGAUUGAAAUAUUUAGGAAAUAUAAAUGAGUUGGUGAAGAAAAAAUCCAACUUAUAAUUUCUUGAAAUGAAAUUUACUCAUAUUAAGUACACAUUCUAACUUUAAAUUUAAUAUGUUUUUAAUAAUUGAAAAUUUAUGAAUUAUUAUUGCGGGGUUUGUAUUGUAAAGGUAAGAUUUGGGUGUCUAAAUAAAAAAAUCUCCUUACAUAUAAUAAUUGUUUAAUUGCUUACUGAAUCAUACCAUCCAUACCUAGGUACUCUAAUAUCAUAAUUUCAUUCCAGUUAUUAAAUAUUUGUUUUUUUUUUUAGUAAAGGCAAAAGUGUUUAAUUUUUAAUAAAAAAUACUAUAUCCAUUUAUUAACAAUUUUAUAAUAAUUGUAUAUACUUUACGGACAUCAUCAUUAAUUACAUCUAAAAUCGAUUUUUGUCCUGCUUUUUUUUAUUUUUAUUAGUGAUAAAUGCUGUGAUAUGUAUUAUUUUAAAUUUUGAAACAUCAUAUUUAUUUCAUAAAAGACAGCACAGAAAUGUGUUUUAUUUUACUAUUCUAGGUGAAAUUUUUUAUUUAUUUUUGUUUUGUGAAUUUAUUACUAUUUUUAAUAUUUCGAGGACCUCCUAAGGAUAUAAUUUUAGAAUAUCCAGAAAUUUUUAAUAGGUAUCCACAUGUUUUUCACUGGCCAAAGGAUGUGGAAUGUGCAUAGGAAAUUUAUAUUUUUUAAAAAUAUUAGAUAUUAAGUUAAAAAAGUAAUUUAAGAUAAACUGAUUAUUAAUUUUAAUUAAAUUGCUUUUGGAAAACAUAAAAUUUUUCAUUAUUACUACCUUUUUAGGUUUAAUUAACAAAAUGCAUUAUUCUUAUUUAAAUUAACAUUUAUAUUACAGUAUUUUUUGCUUAUAUACAUAUUGCUUGGGCUUUACUUUAUUUUUAAAGCUCGUAUACCUAAAUAAGCAAUUACAAUUGCUGUUAAACAUCGAUUGAGAUUUAUAAAUUUAGAUUUAUUAAUAUAAUAGAAAAGUUUAUAAUCUACUUAACGAUCUUUUAUUCGAAAAUUUACUUUUAAUGGAAAUUCUAAUAAUUAACAAGUUUUAUAAUGUUUUUUAUCUGCUAGUAAUUAUCUAAUAGGAUAUUUUAAAGUUGAAUAUCUGUCCCAAACAAGUGUGUAAUUAACAAUGGUGCUAAGCAUGAAAAAAAAAAGGUCUUGAGCAACAAUAUAGUGCGAUCCUUGCUGCAAUCUACCUUAAAAUCUACAAUAUUAGCUUAAAAUAGUUGUCUUGACCAGAACAUCAAGAGCUUUGUCGUUUCAUAAAAAUGUUUAUUACAACCUUAUUCGGUGCAGGUACUCAAUUGCUUUAGAAAUAUAAUUACAUUUUAAUUUUGUCAAAACUCAAAACCUAGAAUUCAUAAAAAUACUCCUGGACAAAACGAAUAUAAUUAUUAAGGUCCUAUAUUGUUUUUAUUUUAUGCAGAAAUGUAUACAUAUUAAAUUUAAUAGUUUGUUUAAAUAAAGUACCUACUAUAUUCAUGAUAUCUCUACUUUGUUUUUGUUAAAAAUGGCGUUAAGUAGAUUCUAGAUACUAAGUAAAAUUAGAAUUUUCGUUUGUUUAACGAUUGUAUCACAUAUCAAAGACACGUUUGAAACUAGAUAUCGAUGCUUUUGAUUACACAAUGAUUUGAUGUGCGAUUUGAUCUGAAGAAGAUAUUUAAUUUUUGCACACCUUCAAGUGCGAAUUUAUUGGCUUUAAAUGAAUUCAGUGUAUAAUAUGUGGAUAUUAUGUAGAUCUCUUAAUUACUAGAAAUAAGAUUUCUCAUUGCUAGGGUGUAUAUAUGUAAACAAACAAAAUGUUUUAUUUAUGCUUUAUAUUUAUUCAUUAUUAUACUCAUACCAGCUUGCUGUACUUUCAAUGUUGUUGGAUUUAUUUUGUAAGAUUUAUCAUUUAUAAAUUUGUAUUUCUGUUUUAAUAAACGAUUAUUCAUAA